GGUACCAUAAUAAAAAAGAAAAAAAAAUCAAAAUAACUGCAUAGUUAAUUGUUAGAUUAUGAAUAGUACAUAUGUGUAUUGAAUUAUGAUUUGUCAUUGGCAAUAAAUUUUAUUGGAAAUUAAGAAAAGGAAAAAUAAAUUUAUAUUCUUGCUUAAAUAGAUAAUAUGUUUAUAUUAUUGAGUACUUUAUCAUUAUAAAAUAAAUUUAACAAAAUGUCUGAUAAUAAUUUAAAUGAAAAUCCAUUUGUUGGCUUAUUUCCCACACCCAAUGAAGCUGCAUUUUUUUUAUCUGAAGCAACUUCAACGACUAUUAAUUCAUCAUUAGUGACUACGACUACAACAACAAUAUUAACAGAUUCAUCACCGACAUCAGCAUUAGUACCAUCAGAAACAAUUAGUCAGCCCGUGUCAAACUCGAGUAUUCAACAAGAAAACAAUUUUAAUUUAAUUGAUUGUUUUGAAAAUAAACAUAAUGAUAAUAUUAAACCUUUUAUUGAUCCUGAUAGUAAAUUAAAUGAUGACGUUUUAAAAGAAAAAAUAACAAAUGAAAUAAUUGAACAAGUUUUUGGUUUUAUUUUGAAUCAUAAAACUCGAUCGAGUUCAACUAAUAAACAGUUGGUGUCGAUAGACAGCGAUAAUAUUGAAAAUGGUAUCUGGGAACGUCUUACAUUACUUGAUAUUGAAACCAAAUUAGUUCCAAUAAAAAAAGAAAUAAUUACUGAUCCUCAUUUUAUUCAACCAGAAGUUAUUUCAUAUCUUUUUGAGUGUUAUUGUAGGCUUGAAAAAAUAUACAAAGAAAAUGAUUCAGUUGACAAAAAAUUUUUAAAUGACACUAUUAAUUAUCUUAAAAAAAUAACAUUAAGAUCUGUAGGUACAGCUUUACAACCAGAUAUUAUCCAAGAUCAAGAGGUUCAUACUCAAUACAUAAGAUUAUUUAUGGACGAUUCAAUAUUAACUCAAGUUGAAAAAUUUACCCAAGAAUUAUCAGCUAUAAUAAUGAUAGAUUAUCCUGAAGAUUUUCAAAAUAUUUUCAUGUCAUCUUUUAAACCAAUAUUAGAAAUAAUUAAUAAUCAAGUUGUUUCGAGUAAUCUUAUAGUAUUUCGUAAUUAUUGGUUUAAUGUUUUACAAACUUUUUCAAAUAUUGAGCCUCUUGCUGAAAUGUUUAUCAGCUACUGUACUCCUAUAACAUCAUCAUCAUCAUCAUCAUCAUCAUCAUCAUCAUCAUCGUCAUUAACAAUGACGAAUAAUGAACAAGGUUCUGCUUAUGGAAAUACUUUAUUAGGUAAUUUAUUAUCAUUAAGUUGCUUACCAAAAACAUUUAAUGGAUCUUUUGAUUUUUUUAAUGAUAAACCAUUAAUUCAACCAACAAUAACUACAACUGAAGGUAAUAUUUGGACGGCAACAGAUGCUCUUUGUGAAUCAUUGUAUAAGAUAAUGCAUUCUUUACUUAAAUGUUCAGUACAAGUAAGACAUUUGACACUUGAUUGGUUGGGUAAAUGUUUGCAAGCAAACGCUAGUCGUGGAAAACUUUGGAAUAAUUCACAAAUAACAAUAGGUAGUAAUGGAUUAUCACCUUUAGUUGUUUCUGAUGGUUUUAUGUUAAAUCUUGGUAAUGUUUUAUUACGAUUAUGUCAACCAUUUUGUACAUUGAAAAAAAUUCCAAAAAUUGAUCCAACGUAUUGUGCAGCAGCUGUUGAAUCACUAAAUGAAGAUGAAAGACGUACAAGAGGUAUUCAUUUACUGGGAAUAAACAAAGAAACGUGUUUAAUACCUUCAACAUCAUCAUCAUCUGAUUAUGAUAAUACUAAUAAUAAUGAAUGUAAAAAAAAAGAUGAGGGUAAUUUAAUAAGUGAUAAUUUUGGAUUUAUCACUGAAUGUUUUUAUUUAACUCAUAGAUCAUUAGAUUUGGGUUAUCGUAUUGUUCUUGAUAAAUUAAUGAAAACAAAUCAAGAAUUAGGACGAAUACAACGAAUAUAUAAUGAUGCACAGUCAAGUCCAAAUUCUCAAGUAUUUCAAAUAAUAACUCAACGUAUGGAAAUGGAAAUGACUAAAUAUUUAUCAUAUCGUGCUAGUUUAUUAUCUCCAGCAAUGUUAAAUCUUGUUGCUAAAUUUCAUGCAACUACUGCUUUUUGGUUAAUGCAAGUUAUUAUUGACAUUCCUAAUAAUGACAAUGAUAAUGAUGAUGAUGAUACUGUUGCUACUACUGCUACUACUGCUACUACUACUACUACUACUACUACUACUACUACUACUACUACUACUACUACUAAUGAUGAUAAUAAUAGAAAAAUUAAAAAAAUGAGUUAUAAUUUAUUGGAACAAGAACCAAAAUCUAUAACAUUCCCACUUCCAGAGACUGUACCAGAAACUUUAAAAUAUAUACCAGAAUUUAUUGUGGAAAAUACAAUAGGAUUUAUUUGUUUUUUACGUCGUUUUAAUCCAAACAUAUUUGAAGAACAGGGUGAAAAUUUUUUAAAUCCUAUAUUGACUGAAAUAAUUGUUUUAAUGGAAUCACCAAAACGAUUAUUUAAUCCUCAUCUUCGUGCACAAUUAGCAGAAACACUUGAAGCUCUUUUACCAAAUUCAACACCAUUAUCUUACAAAAGUAUAAAUGAUAAUGGAGAAAAUAUAGAUAAUGAUAAUGAUAACGGUGUUGUUAUUUUUGAUUAUGAUGAUGAUGAUGAUAAUGAUAUUGAUGAUGAUUAUCAUAAUAAUAGUAGUUAUUCUCAACGUCAACGACAACAACAACAGCAAAAACAACAACAAUUAUCAACACUUGGAACAUUUAAUAGAGAAAAAUUAUUUAUAAAUCAUCCUCAUUGUAAAGAAAUAGUUAAAAAUCUUGUUGAGGUAUUUGUAAGUAUUGAAAUGACUGGUCAAAGUGUACAAUUUGAACAAAAAUUUAAUUAUCGUCGUCCAAUGUAUACUGUUAUGAAAUAUUUAUGGAAAAUAAAACAACAUCGUGAUAAUUUUAAAUAUCUUGCUAAAGAAGCUGAAGAUAAUAUGGAAGCUGUUAAUCCACCAUUAUUUUUACGUUUUAUAAAUCUUUUAAUGAAUGAUGCUGUAUUUUUAUUAGAUGAAGCAUUAUCAAAUAUGGCACAAUUAAAACAAAUGUUAAAUGCUAGAGAAAAUGGAGAAUGGGAUAAAUUACCAGCUCAUGAACGUGAUCAACAAAUAAAUUAUCUUAAUCAUAUUGGUAUGAUUGCACGUUUUGAUAAUAUUCUUGGACGUGAAACAAUAUCAACAUUAAAAAUGUUAACAUCUGAAAUAAAAUCAAUUUUUUGUCAUUCAACAAUGGUUGAUCGUAUUGCAUCAAUGCUUAAUUAUUUAUUAUUUGAAUUAGUUGGACCAAAUAAAAAAAAUUUUAAAGUUAAAGAUCAAAAAGAAUAUGAAUUUAAACCAGCAAAAUUAGUUUUAAAUAUAUGUGUUAUAUAUAUUAAUCUUGGAACAAAUGAUAAUUUUACCCUUGCGGUAUCACAAGAUGGACGAUCAUAUCGUAAUAAUUUAUUUAAACUUGCUAAUAAUGUUCUUUUACGUAUUGGUGGUAUAAGUAUUUUAGAUAAUUUAGAUAAAUUUUCCAUACGAGUUGCUAAUGCUGCAGCUAUUAAAAAAAAAGAAGAAGAAAUUCUUACAGAUGCACCUGAUGAAUUUUUAGAUCCAAUAAUGUCAACAUUGAUGAUCGAUCCUGUUAUAUUACCAUCUUCAAAAAUAUCAGUAGAUCGUCAAACAAUUGCGAGACAUCUAUUGAGUGAUCAAACUGAUCCAUUUAAUCGUUCACCACUUACAAUGGAUAUGGUUAAAUCAGAUGUAAAUCUUCGUAAUAGAAUUCAAGAAUGGAUAAUGUCUAAAAAACAAUCAAGUUCUUCAUCAUUGUUAUCAUCUUCAUCAUAAAUUAUAAUUAAAACAAAACAA